UUGACCGACCAACCAACGUCGGACCCGAUCCGUCCAAAAUGAAGUGGUUUACUUUUUUGGUGGUGCUGGUGCACGUGACUUUGGUGCUAGCCGAGUUGAAUGUUGAGUUUGGUUCUGGAAAUUCGACGAAGGUGUUGGCACGCCGAAAGCGGUACAUUAUUUUCCGUGAUUAUUCAAGAGGAUUUGCUCGUGCAAACAUCAAGGAUCGAAUGGUUGACUCGACCAACGUGUGGGCCCAGGGCAUCGGAUACCGUUGGAACGUCGAGUUCAACAAUCCACCGGGACUAAAGAUUGCCAAGCGUGACCUGCAUCAAUCGCUUGGUGAAUUGCUAGAAAAUCAUGGCUUCGAUGGCAGAGCUUGCAUCUUGCGAGCAUUCUGCGAGCUGUCCAAAGUCGUGACCCCCGAAAGUGGAAUGCUGUUCAAACUGUUCAGGAAAAUCUUCACCCAUUCCGCAGCUGCCACUGACGCUAGUUCCACCGGUUCCAACAGUUUACCCGAGGGCGAUGAGUCGUACUUUCCGUACCUUAAAUCUGGCGACUGCGAGGAGCUAGACCGGCACUGCCCAAUCUCCCAGCUGGAGGUUCCCGUCGAAGACAACCACGUUGGCGCGCGAUGAGAGUCGAAAAUCACUUCUCAGCCAGCAACAUCCUUAAACGACGCCCCGCCACAUCAUCAACAGUAUCAUCUAUCAAUUUACUCUAUUUACACCGUCUUCAGCGCACCGUUGCCGUUCCGGGGUUCCGGGGAUUGUUCCGAUAGCAAAUAUCACUUUCGCGAUGCUGGUAGAGAUGGGCGAUGGGAUCCAUCAGUUAUAACUGUCAGGCAGUCAGGAAUUGUGUGUAGGAGGUUGGUUGUCGGCAGUAGCAGCAGCAACAGCUUGUCGAUAAUUCAAGAAGGAAGCGCACCCGGAUUGCAAUCCACUUUGGCCAUCCCCGUAAUUGCUGUGCCACUGACUGGAGAGCAUCCGAUUAGUAUCGAUAACGUUGAUGACGCCAGCGCCUGUCUUAGAUUGCAAGUGAGGUUAGGUUAACACUGUGAUAGAGAAGUUUU